AUGGGCUCACUGCUCGCCGUUCCUGCAAGACCUGAUCACAGUGGUGAAGAUACGACAAGAGAUGAUGGGAAUUCCCAGGAGAUUGUAACUUCUGUGGCACCAGCAUCGUCAUCAUCAUCGUCGUCAUCGUCAUCAUCAUCAUCGUCAUCGGAAGCAGCGUCUGACCACACCACUGUCCAGAUAUCUGACGAAACGGAGAUUCUCCAGGAUCGCUUGAGCAACAUCCAAAUUGGCGAGAAAUCGGGAGACAGCUGUGGUGGAGACAUCGCAACUGAGAACGAAUAUCCCCAGGAUUCUGUGACCGCUUCCGAAUUGGAUACGGCAAUCACUGCAUCGGAUAGCGAAAGAGUAACGAAUGAAGCCGACAGUUCACCUGUACAGCCAUCCGAAAUCCCUUCGGAAGCAGUGGUGGAAUCUACUGGUCGUAGCGAUGGAAGCGCAACUAAUGACGUUGAGAAUUCUAAGAGUAAUGCGAGUUCCGAGGAGUCAGCCAAUGCACACACAGAUUGCUCUUCUGCUCGCCGAACUACUGAGAUCGAGAAUCCAUCGGUCAGCGAGACCCCUACGGAAUAUGUUACGCCGUCGGACAGCACAACUGAUACCAUGUACACUGUUAUCUCCACAGACGACAGCGAUGGUGAAUUCAGUGAGAAUGGAUGUUCCUGGAAGCUCGUCGAUGCUAUAACUGCUUACAAUCAAGCGAAUUCUUUGUUGAGUGUCGAACAUAGUGAGAAGCACGAGCUUCGAGCGUCUGUCAACUACGUGUUGGCUGGGAUCUACCUGAAGCUUGCGGAAAGAGAUCCGUAUGAAGACGUCUGCGUCCCGCUACUGCGAGAAGUAGUUGACCUCCUGGGAGAAGCAUUCAGACCUGCACCUUAUCUCCUACGAGUGGACGAUGCCAACAGACGGUUCUGCCAAAGGUUUUGGCCUAUUAACGUCACCUGUCCAACGAGCGCCGCGGAAGAAGUACUCAGACACUGUGCAGAAGCGCUGGGAUGUCUUCAGUUGACAUCUGAUGAGAAUGCUCCUUGUGCGUUUUUCGAUCAUGGUUCGGAUGACAAGAUUGCAAAGAGUUUUGUUGAAGAAGGGGACCACGCCGAGAUGCGUCGCGUAUUUCGUCACGCCAUCAUGAUUCGCAUUGCAAACGCUUGCACGAUCUACGUACAACAUUCCAUAAAGAAAGGAUUCUACGAGAGGGGAUACAAAUUCUCAGUUCUUGCCAUUAAGACGUGUGCUCGGAUUCUCUCCAACUUCCCGGUUAUUCGUCAACAUAUUGCGGCUAGUUUGCUUUUGAAGAGAUAUUUUUGCAUAUUCAGUAUCAUUGUAGCCGGCAUCGCCACGGGCGCAGGUAACAGAAACCCGGACUACGAAGACAGCGUGGAGGAUUUUAUUGACGAUUUUACUAGAAGUGGAGACGAAUCGGUGUCAGAGGAAUUCAAUUUCGAGGAUUUGUGGAUUACUCGAGAUGCGUUGGAGGACCGCAAAGUAGCAAUUGACUAUUGUAAACACGUCUUGGAGAGAGAUCAUCCCAAUGAAACGGAUGAGUUCUGGGACCAAACACCACCGGAGCGGACCAAAGUGAAUGUGGGUGAUUUCUGUUCAUCUGCCACCGCUGCUGCGAAAAUUGCUGACAUCUACAAGGAUAGAGCUGAUCCGAUAGUAAGGGAACACCGAAGAGGUCUUGUUUAUCUCCAGGCCCUGGACGAAAUGGAAAUUGCGCGCAUACUGUACGUGAGGGCUCUGUCAAUGCUGUCUCCCAUUAACAGUAGAUUGGCUACCAGACUCGUUAUCCGUGUUCUGCCAACUCUUGUGUACACAUCAGCCGUGAUAUUCCGAAGCAUGAUCAACGACUUGGAUCCGGAUAGCCAUGCUCAUUCUGUUCUGCUUGCGAUGACUAUGCAGUAUCUGAACUUGCUGAAGAGGUUUGAGACCAGUGAUCCUCACCCAUAUUUUGCGGACGGCUCGUACGGUGGCUGUCUUCUUAUCGUCGCAUCCGGCUAUACAAUGUUUUCGCAGGUGUUGUUGAAGCACUCGGAUGAAAGCGUUAAAGCUAAGGGCAUCGACUGCCUUGAAAUGGCUCUGGACGCUCACAACGUGAUCCUCAGAAAUAAUGCUACGUCGACUCAAAAGAGUCACAGUUUCGACGAGUUGGCCACGGUCUACGAGAAACUGAUUCGUGCAAAGAUCGAGCAUUUCGCAAGUCUUGUAAGCAAGGAAACGACAACUGCAGAAGAAUUGCGAACUCUAUCGAAAAAUUGUGCGUAUUUGAUCUUAAACUUUCACGAUCACAUGAUUCAAGUGCUGCUAAACCGAGAAGCACCGGUGGAGGAGGAGAACGUCAAUUUUGAGGUGUGCGGUCUGCAGCAGUGGCUAAUCAGAGCGGAGCACGUGAGUGACAACGCCAAAAUAUUUGGUUGCCGUCAGCUGCUGAUUUGGUUGAGGAUGAUGGUCGGGAAUACUGUGUUGACAGUAUCCGAUCCUGACAAGGCGGUGGAGCGCCUGCGCGCUCUGCGUUUCGAAAUUGAGAAGCUCAUGCUGGGAAUGACUUUGAGAUUUCCCCAGCACGCAUAUCUGAGGACUGGAUUCGAAUUGAUGCACAAGAUACGAGCUGACGAGGUGUCCACUCUUAGCCACGAGAUCUCGACUUCCAUUUUAGAGAUUCUCGAAUCCAUUCCACCGAUCGAAGUGAUCGACGAAAUUCCUGACUACGUUCCUGUGAAUAUUGUCGAGGAGUAG